AUGGCUUCCUCGCAUUACCAUUACGACGACCUGUCGAGUGAAACUGCAGCAUUUCGCCUAUUCAGAAUCCAAAAGUCGCAGCCUUGCCCCACCGGGACUUUCAGCAAAGUCGAAAUCUGCCUCUUUGAGGCGACCUUCGAUGGCCAUCCAGAAUAUGAAGCAGUCUCCUAUGCUUGGGGUCGAGAUCCUGCAAGCUCAACGAUUAUGUGCAAUGACAAAAACCUCGAUGUUACUCCAAAUGUAGAAGCAAUCCUUCACAUGUUAUCAUCCCAGGCGAACUCGACAGGAGCCUAUUGGAUUGAUUCUAUAUGUAUCAACCAGUCAAGUGUGUCCGAGAAGAAUACACAAGUACCGAGGAUGAGCUCAAUCUACAGCAAAGCCAGACUGGUGCGGAUUUGGCUCGGCGAAGCAUCUCACGAGGUGGAAACUGCCUUGGGCUUUUUGAAGAAGGUAGCUACUAAUUCAGCAUCUAUCCGUAGUUUUUCAGAAUCGGAGUCGUUAUUGAACGAAGUUCGCGAUACUCGCCAGUACUAUGACGCAGUUGACACCAACUUCAUUAUCGAUCUCCUUAAUCUGCCUUGGUUCCAUCGAGUAUGGCCGAUACAGGAACUGGUAUUAUCACAGAGCGCUGUUUUAAUCUUUGGUUCCAUUUAUUUGCCAUGGUUCUCUUUUGUCCACGCGCUUUCGACAGUUCAAGUCUACGAACACCUCCACGAUCGGUCAAGAUCAAAUCCCGCAUCUUACUAUGACGACACCGAAUGCUAUCGCGCUACUGCUAGCUUGGUACGCACUCCAAACGGUAAAAUUUCUCUCUCUGAGAUUUUUAGGGUUACAAGACCAAAACUCUCAACAGUCCCGGAAGACAAGGUUUAUGGUCUCUACGGGAUGUUUGACUACAUGCAAAUUCAGGGACUGCCCAGGGUCAGCUACGGUCGCGCCGUACAUACUAUAUAUACCGAGGUAACAGGUGCUGUGAUCGAGUCUGAGCGGUCUUUGGACAUAUUGUAUCAAGUGUGCUUGCCAAAUCUGGUAAACUAUCUACCCUCGUGGGUCCCGGAUUACAGCAACACGUCUUAUUUUCGGCCCAUUCUUAUUGGAGACUCUUGUGCCUCGGGGACAUCACAGCCGUGGUUUUCUUUCAACGGACUGCACUUGUCGGUUAGAGCAAUCGUGGUGGACGAGGUAGACGAAGUCGCUCAAUCUACGUCCAUUGCUAUGCCAAGUUUCAGGCGCGGAUAUAAAGCUAGACAAGACACAAUUGAGUCUGAACAUCGACGCACUGGUGUGUUAAAUCUUGUCCGCACCUUGCAGGCGUGGGUCAGGCUUCGCAGGAAAAGUCGCGAUCUCAUGACUAACAUUCUAGCACGGGAAGCAUUCCAUAGCAUCAUCGUGCAAAACACUGAGCUCCAUAAAAUACUUCCGUACUAUACUCCGGUACUUCUGGACAACGCACUUGAGGACUGGAUGUACAUAAUCACUGCGAAUUUCUCGGACGACCCUACUGUGCUUCGGAACCUCCUCGGGACUGUUCGAGACACUCCCGAAUAUCAUGCAACGUUGCAGGAUUAUGCGCACCUCUUUGGCUACGGCACUGACCCGGAAUUAUGGCCCGAUGAAUUGAAGAUUCGCUUCGUCUUGCGCUUAUACAAACCAGAAGUGGCAAUGCUUCAGCACGAGAUCUUCUUGAACUCAUACCAUAAGACCUUCAUAACAACGAGAGAUGGCUGCAUGGGAACGUGUCCGCGAUGGGUAAAUUCAGGUGACAUGGUCGCUCUCAUACAAGGGCUGAAAGUUCCAUUCAUUGUGCGCAAGGCUGGCGAACACUAUAGCCUCAUUGGCCCUGCUUACAUAGAAGGGAUGAUGUACGGCAAACGAUGGAACGCGGACGCGUCAACGAUCAUAAAGCUUGUUUGA